AUGUGUUUUAAACCAAGACUUCAAUUAAUUUGGGCUGAAGAUUUUAAAAAAGGAAUUGGAAAAAAUAAUACUUUACCAUGGGAUAUUCCAAAUGAAAUGGCUCAUUUUCAAAAAACUACAACUACCGUCAAUGACAACAAUAAACGAAAUGCUGUAAUAAUGGGAAGAAAAUGUUGGGAAAGUAUUCCAGAAAAAUAUCGUCCAUUAAGAAAACGCCUUAAUAUUGUCCUUAGUCGUACUAUGGAACCAAAAGAUGAAAAAAAUCUUAUUAUUACGGAUAAUUUUGAUGCAUUGAUAAAUCGUCUAUCCACUGAUGAAAAACUUCAUGUUGAUCUUGAAAAUGUAUUUGUCAUUGGAGGAAGUGACAUUUAUAAUUUGGCUUUAUCAUCAAAAUAUUUAUCAAAAUUAAUAGUAACAGUUAUUGAAAAUGAUUUUGGUUGUGAUGUGUUUGCUCCUUCUAUUGAUUAUUCCAAAUUUAAAUUAUGUGAUAAAAGAGAGUUUUUUGAGGGAGAACCAUAUAAGUAUACCAUAAGAACAUAUGAAGUUAUGGAAAACAGUUUUUAA